CACCGGACAGCAUAAAGUUGGUGACUAUUUGACCUGCCGCUACCAGGCAACUAGGAACUAAGUGAACUGCCUAGGUAUAUUUCCGUCUCGCCACUCACUCAAUUUGUUUACUCUGCACUCCUACUUAGUACUUUUCCAUCUCCUACACACAAACAUCCAUCUCUCAAUCCACAUACACAUCUUUUCACCAUGGACUCAACCCCCAAUAUCAAGACUCGCUUUUUCAUCAUCUCAGAUACACACGGUAUCAACAUCCCAUCCGAAUACACCCAAGAUGCAAACUGCACCCAAUACGCAGACUGCGCCCAGUAUGCAGACGUGGCCAUCCACUGUGGUGACCUCACCACUGAAUCCAAAAUCCACGAAUUCAAGUCUACCAUCCAACUCCUCGAAAGAAUACACGCCCCUCUCAAACUCGUUAUUCCCGGAAACCACGACUUCACAAUCGAUACACCCAUAUUCCAAAAGAAAGUCGCAGAAGCACAUACACCCUUGGAUCCAGCGUUGGUCCGGAAGGAAUAUGGUGACUAUGAAGAGGCCAGAAGUCUUUUCCACAACACCAGCAUCAUCUUCUUAGAAGAAGGAACACAUCAUUUCACCUUGCAGAAUGGCGCAUCGCUAACAGUCUAUGCCAGUCCAUACACCCCAUCGCUGGGAGAUUGGGGCUUCCAAUACCAUCCCAACCAAGGCCAUGACUUUGACAUUCCGCCCAAUGUGGAUGUGGUGAUCACACACGGCCCCCCGAAGGGGAUUAUGGAUUAUGCCAAUUCCGGUCAACGGACGGGCUGUCCGGGGCUCUUUGGGGCUGUUGCUCGUGCUCGACCGCGUAUGCAUUGCUUCGGUCAUAUCCAUGAGGGAUGGGGGGCCAAGUUGGUGGCAUGGAGGGACAAGGUUAGUGAGAAUCCAUCUCAUUUGACUGAUAUUGACAAUGGGGGGUCUGCUGUGAUUGGGAAAUUGUCGGAUCUCGCCCGGAGACACGAGCGGGAUCGCAAUAGAUGCUAUCUGACUAGUCACUGUGCUGACGACCCGAAACCAUUGCAUUCGGGGUCCCAAACACUGUUUGUCAAUGCUGCUGUUGAGGGCUCGACUGAUCACUGCCCUGUCCAGCCGCCAUGGCUGGUUGAUAUUGAACUUUCCAAAGCUACCUAAUAAGACUACCUGUUUUGCUAUCUACGGCUUCACCCUAUUCCUUCACUAUCUCAUCUACCUGGCUUACAGAGCUCAUUACAUGUAUACAGCAAAAGAAAUCCUAUUAAAUUCCAUAUGUCCA